GCUUAGUUAAUUUCCAGCACUGGCAAAAUAUUACUGAAAACAGGCAACGACCCAAACAAGAAGGCUCGUUCAUCCUCCGGUCCAGCUGACGGCGCUGCAGCAACAAUAAACCGGGUCUCUAACCGGCAGUGAACCCGGUAACAGCAGCAGCGAACUACGCGACGGCAAAUUAUUUUUCCUAGGACGGCGAAGUUGUGACCCGCCCUACUCUUCCUCUGAUUGGCUACUACUCGUUGCCUUCGUUGGUUGGAUUGGUUAGAAUUAGGGUAAGAAUAUCAGGGUAAGCCAAUCAGAGGCAGAGUAGGGCGGGUCAUGUCUUCGCCAUCCUAGGAAUUUGCAGGAAAAUAUUUUGGCACACGGGUCAUGCUCCGCUGCUGAAGUCUGGAGCAACUUUUUGCUUAACUGGUCUGAUUUGUAAAGGGUCUCCAGAGGAGGAAUCCCCCCCCCCCCCCCGUCUGUCCACCAUGGCGGACAUCAAGAACUUUCUUUACGCCUGGUGUGGAAAGAAGAAGCUGACUCCCAACUACGACAUCCGAGCUGCAGGCAACAAAAACCGACAGAAGUUUAUGUGUGAGGUCCGUGUUGAUACCUACAACUACAUCGGAAUGGGAAACUCCACCAACAAGAAGGACGCUCAGACCAACGCUGCUCGGGACUUUGUCAACUACCUGGUCCGUCUCGGGGAGAUGAGCGCAGCAGAGGUCCCAGCGGUCGGGGUGGGUUUUCCAGGAGGUGAUCUACCUGACGGAGGAGGAAGACAAGAUGGAGGAGGAAACAGCAGCUUUGGAAACCUCCCUCCCAGCGGUCCUCUGCCACCUCACCUUGUAGUGAAAACUGAGAAAGAGGAUGGCAGCUAUGGGCCGGUUGCAGGAUCGCCUGGGAUGGGUUACUCAGGAGGAGGAGGAGGAGGAGGACCAGGAGGAGGUCAGUGGGAGCGAGGGGCCAACCUGAAGGAGUACUACGCCAAGAGAGACGAGCAGGAAGCUCAGGCGACUCUGGAGUCAGAGGAGGUGGACCUGAACGCUAAUCUGCACGGUAACUGGACGCUGGAGAACGCCAAAGCCCGUCUGAACCAGUUCUUCCAGAAGGAGAAAACCAGCGCUGAGUAUAAAUACAGCCAAGUGGGACCGGACCACAACAGGAGCUUCAUAGCAGAGAUGCAGCUGUUUGUCAAGCAGCUCGGCAGAAGGGUCACAGGUCGAGAGCACGGCUCCAACAAGAAGCUGGCGGCUCAGUCGUGCGCUCUGUCUCUGGUCCGGCAGCUUUACCACCUGGGAGUCAUUGAGGCGUACUCCGGAAUCACCAAGAAGAAGGAAGGAGAAACUCUGGAGGCGUUCGAUGUCAACGUGUGUCCAGACCUGCAGCAGAAGCUCUCCAGCGUCGUCCAGGAGCUCGGAGUCACCGUCCCCCCACCUCCUGCAGACUCCAGCAGCUCGGUGUCUCUGAUUCAGGGGAAGAUAGCGACGUUCGAGCCGUCGCAGCGUCAGAGCGGAGCCGGCGUCAUCCCCUGGUCGCCUCCUCAGGUCAACUGGAACCCCUGGACCAGCAGCAACAUCGACGAGGGACCGCUGGCCUUGUGCACUCCGGAGCAGAUCAGCGGCGACCUGCAUGAUGAGCUGAUUUACCAGCUGGAUCACGACGACAACCUGCAGAAGAUGCUGUCGGACCGCGACCAGCUGCCCGUCAAACAGUUCGAGGAGGAGAUCAUGGCGGCGGUCGACAAAAACCCCGUGGUGAUCAUCAGAGGAGCGACGGGCUGCGGGAAAACCACUCAGGUGCCGCAGUACAUCCUGGACCGCUUCAUCAAGGGGGGCCGAGCGUCCGACUGCAACAUCGUGGUUACCCAGCCCAGACGGAUCAGCGCCGUGUCCGUAGCGGAGCGAGUCGCCCUCGAGAGAGGAGAGGAUCUGGGGAAGAGCUGCGGCUACAGUGUCCGUUUUGAGUCCAUCCUUCCUCGUCCUCACGGCAGCAUCCUCUUCUGCACCGUCGGUGUGCUGCUGCGGAAGCUGGAAGCAGGAAUCAGAGGCAUCAGUCACGUUAUCGUUGAUGAGAUCCACGAGAGAGACAUCAACACGGACUUCCUCAUGGUGGUCCUCAGAGACGUGGUUCAGACCUACCCAGACGUCCGCAUCAUCCUCAUGUCCGCCACCAUCGACACCACCAUGUUCAGAGAGUAUUUCUUCAACUGUCCAAUCAUCGAGGUGUUCGGACGCACCUUCUCUGUUCAAGAGUAUUUCCUGGAGGAUUGUAUCCAGAUGACCAACUUUGUUCCUCCGCCGAUGGACCGCAAGAAGAAAGACAAAGACGAGGAAGGAGGAGACGACGACACCAACUGUAACGUGAUCUGUGGAGCGGAGUACACGGCGGAGACGAAGCGCUCCAUGGCUCAGAUCAACGAGAAGGAGAUGUCCUUCGAGCUGGUGGAGGCUCUCCUCAAGUACAUCGAGACGCUGCAGGUGAUCGGCGCCGUGCUGGUCUUCCUGCCCGGCUGGAACCUGAUCUACUCCAUGCAGAGACACCUGGAGACCAACCCUCACUUCUCAAGUAACCGGUACCGGAUUCUGCCGCUGCACUCGCAGAUCCCCCGAGAGGAGCAGAGGAUGGUGUUUGAACCAGUUCCAGAUGACGUCAGGAAGGUGAUCCUGUCAACCAACAUCGCAGAGACGAGCAUCACCAUCAACGAUGUCGUUUACGUCAUCGACUCCUGCAAGCAGAAGGUGAAGCUUUUCACCUCUCACAACAACAUGACCAACUACGCCACCGUCUGGGCCUCCAAGACCAACCUGGAGCAGAGGAAAGGUCGAGCCGGCCGAGUCCGACCCGGAUUCUGCUUCCACCUCUGCAGCCACGCACGAUUCGAGAGGCUGGAGACUCAUAUGACUCCGGAGAUCUUCAGGACGCCACUGCAUGAAGUUGCUCUGAGCAUCAAACUGCUGAGACUCGGAGGCAUCGGACACUUCCUGUCCAAGGCCAUCGAGCCGCCACCGCUGGACGCCGUUAUCGAGGCCGAACACACUCUGAAAGAGCUGGAUGCUCUGGACUCCAACGAUGAGCUGACUCCUCUGGGACGGAUUCUGGCUCGGCUGCCCAUCGAGCCUCGGCUGGGGAAGAUGAUGAUCAUGGGCUGCAUCUUCCAUGUCGGAGAUGCGAUGUGCACCAUCUCGGCUGCCACUUGCUUCCAGGAGCCUUUCAUCAGCGAGGGGAAGCGUCUCGGCUUCGUCCACAGAAACUUCGCCGGCAGCCGCUUCUCUGACCACGUGGCCCUGUUGUCCGUCUUCCAGGCGUGGGAUGAUGUCAGGGUUAACGGUGAGGAGGCAGAGAGUCGUUUCUGUGAACACAAACGUCUCAACAUGUCAACUCUGAGGAUGACCUGGGAGGCCAAAGUCCAGCUGAAGGAGAUCCUGGUCAACGCUGGAUUCCCUGAAGAGAGUCUGAUGACUCAGAUGUUCAACACAGUCGGACCAGACAACAACCUGGACGUGGUGGUUUCCCUGCUGACCUUCGGCUCGUACCCAAACGUCUGCUACCACAAAGAGAAGAGGAAGAUCCUGACCACCGAAGGCCGCAACGCCCUCAUUCACAAAUCCUCCGUCAACUGCCCCUUCAGCAGCCACGACAUGACGUACCCAUCACCGUUCUUCGUCUUCAGCGAGAAGAUUCGAACCAGAGCGAUCUCAGCUAAAGGGAUGACUCUGGUGAGUCCUCUGCAGCUGCUGCUGUUCGCCUGCAAGAAGGUCAACUCUAACGGAGAAAUCGUGGAGCUCGACGACUGGAUCAAACUGAGGAUUCCCCACGAGCUGGCGGGAGGCAUCAUGGUUCUGCGGGCCGGUCUGGAGGCUCUGGUGGUGGAGGUGACCAAAGACCCAGAAUACAUCCAACAGAUGGAUCAAACCAACCAACACCUGCUCAACCUCAUCAGACAAAUCUCCAAACCGUCAGCAGCUGGACUCAACAUGAUGGCCAACAACCAGAGGAUGGGAGACGGUCCUCGACCCCCGAAGAUGGGACGCUUUGACGGAGGAGGUGGAGGAGGCUACCAGGGAGGAGGAGGAUAUCGAGGAGGAGGUUACAGAGGUGGAGGAUAUGGAGGAGGGGGUGGAGGAUACAGGGGAGGAGGAGGAGGAGGGUACAGAGGAGGUGGAGGGUACAGAGGAGGUGGAGGGUACAGAGGAGGAGGAGGAUAUAGAGGAGGAGGAGGAUACAGAGGUGGAGGUGGAUACAGUGGAGGAGGAGGAGGAUAUGGAGGAGGAGGUUAUAGAGGAGGUGGAGGAGGGUACCGAGGAGGAGGAGGAGGAGGAGGGUACCGGGGAGGUUAUUAACAUGAUGACAUCAUUCACAGUCACUCAUUUAUCCAAGUUUAACGGCACAAAUUGUAGAUUUUUUAGUUUUGAGGACUAAAUUUUGUAAUCAGGUCAAAUAUUUACGUGAACCUUCAGCAUAAGUUGACAAGUGUAACUCUGGAAAAAUCUAGAUGGAAAAUCUGGUUCUGUGUUUGCUGUUUUUUCCAGAGAAACAUUCAAAAGUUCUCCCAACACUUCAUUUCUCUUCAUGUUCUCUUCUUUCUUCUGUACUUGUUUCAUCAUUAGAGAUGUGAUGUUUCUCCUGUCAGUUUGUUUAUUGAUUGUAAUGAUUAUUUUAUUUGAUGUUUUGUCUCCAAUAAAACUUUCAUAUAUUA